AUGAUGAGGUCAAAGCGUCGUUGGAAUUCGGUUGUUCAGUUCCGUUCCGUAUUGGUGUGGUUCGUUUUGUGUGCUAAAGUUGUGGAUACUGUGAAUGGAACGGUUGAAUGCAGCCAGAACACUUGUAAAAAUGGUGGUUCUUGUACAGUGUUCAAUAUAUUUGCACUUCAGGAGGAGAUAGUUACGUGUAGAUGUCGGCCGGGAUUUAGUGGGGAUCGUUGUGAGAUGAUCAACCGCGAAAAAGAUGCAUGUGAUGACAAUCCGUGUAAAAAUGGAGCACAAUGUAUAUCAUCAGUAUCGCCGUCAUCAGAUUCAGUGAUUGAAAACAACAACACGAAUGAAUUCACUUGUCGAUGUCGGCGUGGAUGGAAGGGUGUAUAUUGCGAGAAGGAUAUCAAUGAAUGUGAGGAAUAUGUGGGAUAUUGUGGUAAUGGAGGGACAUGUUUCAAUCUGAACGGUUCUGUGCAAUGUUCGUGUCCGUUGGGAUGGGAUUUUAGAUGUGAAUUGAAUGGUUUCUGUCUGAAUGGAGGCACGUGCUUCGAGCAGUUGUGCACUUGUCUUGAUGGUUUCAGUGGUGAGAGAUGCGAACGAAAUGUGCCGUCGAUGGAGGAUUAUUUAACAGCGAAAUGCGCAGAACAUCCGGAAUUUUGUGCGAGACGUUUCGCGGACGGUCAUUGCGAUGAGGAGUGUAAUGAUCAGAAUUGUUUUUAUGAUGGAUUCGAUUGCGUGCAAAAUUCUGUUCCGAAUUGCGGGAUGCAGACAUAUUGCGCGAUGAAAUACAGUGAUUCGGAAUGCGACGAUUUAUGCAAUACUAUUGAGUGUGGAUUUGAUGGCGGCGAUUGUGAUAAUCAUGGUGAUAUAAGUUCGUUAUCAUCGAUUGAUCUGCAAAUUGAGAUCAGUAAUCUGGCAUUGGUAUUGCACGCACCACCGACUGUGAUCGUGCCUAAAUUGCGAUCGUUAUUGGCUGAAUUAGCAAAGGUGUUGCAUUCACCGGUUCGAUUCUCGUACGAUACGAAGAAUAAACCGAGAAUCUUCACUUGGUCUUCAGCAGAAGGUAUUGGUGAACGGAUUGAUUUGUUGAAUUCUUCAUCGACAUAUGCACCAUUCGAUUAUGGCUGCGAGGUGAAGUACUGGGAGAUUAUGAUUGAUAUGAUUUCUGUUGAAUACUUUGCUAGUUUGGGUGCAUCCAUUCAGCCGAUACUUUUUUGGGGUAUUUGGAAAAGGGUGAAUGCGGACGGUGUAUUGUUGUUUGUGGAUAUCGAUAUAUCAGGAUGUCUGAAACGUCGUCAUCAACUUUCACAAAUCUACUCCAUUCCAUGUUUCACUACAACCGCAAAUGCAGCCACCUUCUUAUCGUCAAUACUAUCGUCCAAUCACAGUGAUGGUGAGCGAAAAUUGCUGGGAAUUCGUGUGAGCGAUGUGUAUGCUGAAGGGGAUCGUGUCCGCAUCUUGAAACCGCCAGAAGAUGUGUUUCGAAAGAUUUUAUCGAUUCUAAUCGUUGCAUUAAUCAUUCUCAUCAUUAUCGCUUUAUUCGGUUUUCACGGCAUUUUGAAACGCAAAAAACGUCAACAAAAAACACUCUCUGUUUGUACAUGGAAAAUACCACCCGGAGAUCGAUGCAAGAGCUCAGUCCUAACUGAUUUUAAAUAUGAACGUGUCGAGACUGCAGUUGAUGAGGGUGCUUAUCACUCAACUGCGAUCAGCAGAUGUUUCAAAGGAAAUUCACCGAAUGAAUCGCCUAUCAGAAAAGUGCAAGCACCUCAUCAGGAUUCAUUGGAUGCAUUCAAUAAAAUUGAUGUGAAUGCUUUUCACGAUCCGAUAAUUGAUCGAUGCAUUAUACGUUUGGAAAAUGAAGAUGAAAAAGCGAUUCGUGAUGGAUGUAUCGACGAGGUGCAACGUCAAAUUGCGAGUGGAAUUGAUUUGAAUGAUUGUGUCGAUGAAGAUGGCAACAGUGUUCUGCAUUUAGCGAUUCUCUCGAAUAAUAUUCCCAUAUUAAGAACACUUAUUGCAACACACAAAUGUGAUUUGUACGCGGUGAAUUCAUUUGAUCAAAUGCCGUUAACGUUAGCCGUUAGUAAGCCGCACGUUUCACAAGAAUGUGCUCGGAUUGUGCUGGACGCGAUGAAUGAUGAGAACACGAUUAUACAGAAGCUUGCUGAGACAAUGAUCGGAGCAUCACCCAGUGGAGAAGUCAACUCGUCCAAUGCGCCAACUUCGGCCUCGUCGAACGGAAACCAUAAGAAGCGAUCACCUCCGAAGCGUAUAUCGCCGCAGCGAGAUGACGAAUCAGUACGGUUUGUCUUAUCACAAUCUCCCAAUCGUCCUAUCCUGGAUCUUUACGGUCGUUCAGCACUCCAUUAUGCAGCUCUCAAUAAUCGACCCGAACUAAUCGCUCUUUUCUAUUCGAAUGGCUUGAAACUCGACCAAACUGAUAAUAAGGGUGAAUCGCCGUUGCAUCUUGCCGCGAGGGAGGGACACCACGAUUGUGUGAAAAUGCUUUUGUCGUUGGGUGCGAAGAGGGAUAUUACUGACCAGUUGGGUCGAACGCCAUUCGAUGUGGCCAGUGAACGGGAGCGAGCAGAUGUACUGAAAUUGUUGUGUGAAGCAUCAACAAGCAACCCGUUACGAAGUAAUACUCUAACAUCUCUAAAACGGAAACGUCGCACGACCAAACUUCGGAAAUCAUUAAAAGCUGAUAAUGAUGGUAAUGAUAUUGACAGCAGUGAUAGUCGAAAAGUAUCAGACGCAUUACAACGUAAAGGAUCAACCAGUCAUCAGAUAGCUGUUCCAAAUGAUCGUCGUCAAGAGGAGAAUGCCGAACGAGACGUUCCAUCAGAGAGUUCAUCGAGUACAGUCACUGGUUCAUCGAGCUCAUCCGGUUCUCCUCCGUUCAGUAAGAUGUCGCCAUCUCUCAGUGCCACUCCUGGUACACCUCGUAUGCCGUAUCGAGUUCUAACACCUUGCGAGGAGAUCAUUGACCAAAGCAACGGUCUCUUCAACCGUGAAUUUCUGCUGCCUAACGAGAACAACGAAAAUGUGACGCCAUUUUUGGAUGAUUCCGUCAACGGUGAUUUGGAUUGUUUGAUGUCCGAUUCGUUGGUGAGCGAAAAACUGUUCAAAAAUUUAGAGGAUAUCACCAAAGAUCUUAGCGAUGAAUUGAAUGAUACGCUUUUGGAUGGAUGA